AUGGAGAUCUCUUCCCACCAGUUUCACCUCCUGGAGCAGCUAAACGAACAGCGGAAGCAAGAUCUCUUCUGCGACUGCAAUAUCCUGGUCGAGGGAAAGGUCUUUAAGGCACAUCGUAAUGUGCUGUUUGCCAGCAGCGGCUAUUUCAAAAUGCUCCUUUCGCAGAGCUCGAAGGAGACCGGUCAGCCGACAAUAGCGACCUUCGAGGUCUUCUCCCCCGAGACAUUUAUGGUUAUCCUGGACUUUGUAUAUUCGGGCAAAUUGUCUUUAACGGGUCAAAAUGUGAUCGAAGUCAUGUCAGCCGCUAGCUAUCUGCAGAUGACGGAUAUUCUUAAUGUCUGUAAGACAUUCAUUAAGUCCUCACUGGAUAUUAACGAAAAGGAGAAGGAUCAUUACCUCAGCCUUUCGGCCAAAAGUACAACCAGUGAACCUGCUGCCCAUCCGUCUCUUUAUCGGUCCAGAAGAAAAGCAAAGAGCAACCCCAGGCGUUCCUAUUCUAUCCCGGAUGAAAAGGCGAAUACGGUGAACGAAAAUUCCUGGAGUAGUUACAGCAGCUACCUGUCCUCACAGGUGAUUCUUCAGCGGGCAGAAACACAGCUCUCAAAAAGAGGCCGAAAACAGGGCUCAACGAGAAAGCGCCGAAAGCACCUCGGACUGUCCCAGACCCGGGAUUCUGCGCAGGGUAAAUCGAACAAAGCCGAGCGGGCCGGCGGAGGUUGCAGCGCGUCAGAUUCCAGCCACAUCUCUCGGGUUGGGGAGGAGGCCGAGUUUGAUGCCGAGAACGAUGUUGAUCACGAUGAAUACGGAUAUAAUCACGAAUCGGAAGCGAUAGCAAAGAGUUUUCCCUAUUUCUCUGUAACAGAUGACCUACCUCGGAUGCGAUUUAAAUGUCCCUUCUGCACUCACACGGUGAAACGACGCGCAGACCUGAAGCGACAUCUUCGGUGUCACACAGGGGAGCGACCGUACCCAUGCGAAGCCUGUGGGAAAAGGUUCACCCGACUGGAGCAUUUACGUAACCACUUCCAAACGAUACACCAAGCUGGCAAACUGAUCUGCAGAAAAUGCAAGCAUCACGUAACCGAGCUCACAGGCUGUGUUGUUCAGCAAGGAACAAGACGCUACAGACUGUGCCAUAAGUGUCUCGCAGAAACUAAUUUUGACAGCAUCCCUGACGAUUUCGAUGCAGAACAUUCUCCAGUCUCCUCCACGGGAAGCAAACGUUCCAAAUGGGCUUUGGAGGAGGAACAGAAAUCAGAUGAAGAGACAAUGGAGGAGGAACCGUACAAUUUGGUUGUCCGACACGUUAAUGAUGGUGCUCCAGAAGAGGCAGAGGAAAAGGCGAAACCAAAUCUGCGGUAG